GCUUCAUCACCUCGCCGCCCGCCCGCCUCGCCGGCCCCGCCAUGUCCGCCGCCUGCGGCGCGCAAGUCUACAGCAACCAAGCCUCGGACAACUACGGCAACACCCAAGGCGAGCUGCAAGUCGCGGCCGCGCAAGCCGACUACAACGCCGCGGCCUGCGACGUCUGGCUGUGCAAGGGCUACAAGUUCGCCGACAACGCCGCGCACGUGCAGGCGUACGCGCCCGGGCAGACGGUGCCGAUGGUCGUGGAUAUCCGCGCGCCGCACACGGGGACCGCGAAUGUGAGCAUUGUGGACACGGGGACGAAUCAGAUUGUGGGGAGGCCGCUGGUGAGGUGGGAGGUGUAUGCGGCGAAUGCGGUGCCGCUGGCGGAGCAGGCGAAUAAUACGCGGUUUGAGAUUGAGAUUCCGGCGGAUUUGGGGGGCAGGUGUGAGACGGGGGGCGAGUGUGUGAUUCAGUGGUGGUGGGAUGCAAGGAGUAUUGAUCAGACGUAUGAGGCGUGUGUGGAUUUUACGGUUGGGGCGGCGGGUUCGACGGCUGUGUCGUCGGCGGCGGCGGUGGCUGUGGCUUCGUCGACGGCUGUUAAGGCGUCGUCUGCUGUGGUGGUUGUCUCGUCGCCCUCUGCUACGGUUACGCCGACUUCGGUUGUUGCGGCUGUUACCUCUGCUGUUUCUUCUACUCGGGUGGUGUCGACUCCGGUGGUUGUGGCGACGUCGUCCGCGGUCGCUUCUUCCACUAUAUCUACGUCAACCUUCGCCGCCGGCCCUACGACUCUCGUGACAGCUGCCAAGCCGACGACAGCGGCCAGUUCUACUUUCGCGGCUUCGACCACUUCCCUCACUGGCGCCGUAGCGAAGUACUACCAAUGCGGCGGGCUCAACUACAUCGGCGCUACCACUUGUGUCGAGGGGACGACUUGUAAGCAGUGGAACCCUUACUACUACCAGUGCGUGUAGAGGGACGAGCCUCUUGAAGAGCAGGCGGACUCGAGAUCCUUGAGGUAGAGAUUGCGUGGAGGGAUGGCCUGGAUGGGUAUGAGGGGUUGUGGUGGUAGACUUCGUUUCGAUGACGCAUCUGUGGUGUGUUUUGUACAUAUUUUGAGAGCUCUUGCUGUAGAUAGGAAAAUUUCGAUGGAUC